UGUUUGCAUCGAAAGCGCAGACACACGACAGCAGGCAGGACCGGCAGGCGGUCGAUCAGUCCAGAACGAACCAGCAAGCAGCAGCCGGAGAGACGACCAGCUUGGCCCAGACAAGACAGGACAAGACAAGAGAGAGAGAGAGACACAGCAGUUUUCAGAGACAACAGGAAGGCCAGCCACCACCACAAGAAUGUCGGCCUUCAACGCGUUCUUUGCGCAGCUCACGGGAGGCGGCGCGGCCGCGGGCGACGCCCCACCAAGCGCCACCACCGCCUCCGCUGCUGCCGCCUCUGGUGGCUCUGCAGAUCACCGUGGCAACGGUGCCACAGACGGAGGAGGCGGUGGCGGGGGGCGUGCCGAUGGUGCGUUCGGCGUUCCUCUGACGGGGGCGGCGGUGACGUACGAUCCGGAGAACGACAGGAGUCGCUUUGGAAACCCACAGUGCACGACAGUGACGACGCUGCCCGAGGUCAGCCGUCGGAGAGGGCUGUGCAAGCAGGGCGCUCUCGUCGUCGCGAACGCCGACUUCACGUGCUACGGCAUCUCGAGCAACAUCCGAGUGAUCCACAGGCCUACCGGAGCGAGAGCCCUCAUCAAGCCGCCGCCGCACUUGGGAAAUGCCAUUCCUCAGGACAUAUGCCUCUUGGGGACGACGGGCACUGCGACGGCGAACACCGCCUCUGGCCUCCUGGCGUGCGCCACGUCCAAGGGCGAUGUGCUGAUUUGGGAGUUGGGGUUGCGGGCGAGCGCGCCGGGCGUUGGGGCAGCAGCCUCCGCGGACAAGGUGGUGCACGUGUCGACCCAGCUGGUUGCGGAGUCCAAGGGAGGGAGCGCCCAGAGCGUGGCCUGGCACACCUCCGGUAUGAGGAUGCUCGCCGUGGUGUCGGGGACAUCGGUUGUGAUCAGCGACUUCAUUGGCCAGCAGGACCAAUCGGCACACCUUCCCGGAGCUAUUUGCAAGGGUCACUACAAGCAGAUUACUAACGCCUCCUUCUCAAGGGGGAACGGGGACGUCUUGGCCACCGCCUCCGAAGACGGGACUGUCAGAGUGUGGGACACCAGGCCGGCCCUCCUGGAGGCCACGCCCUCCCCUCAGUCGAUCGCCUGUCUGCGUGCCUUUCGAGCCGCGCCGGAGGGCUCGACGCUGAGCCGGGUUCUCGUGGUGGACUCGGACAUGGCGCUAGUGACCGGCGACGAAGACAACCGACUCCUCAAGGUGUGGCCGGCUGCCGAAUCGAACGGCGGAGCGGGAGCGGGGGCAGGAGCUCUGGAAGGCGUGCUUCCUUCGCAGGUGCUGUCGCUUCCCGGGCGGGGAGCGCUGUCGCUGGAAGUGGAUCCUGGAGGGGAGUUCGUGUUUGCGGCAGACACGGAGGAAGGUCUGCUGUACGCUCUCCACUUGGCGGAGGGGGGGCAGAAGGGGAUACGCAUAGACUACCUCAGACCCUACUCCCUGGCGCAUCCGGUGCAGAGCUUCACCGUCCUGUCCGAGGAGCCUGAGCCGGAGUACGGGUACGAGGAUAGUCCACCUUCUGCCGAAGACCGCAUACUCCAGCUAGUCUGCGCGCAGACCAAGCCUGUCCAGAUAUACCGCAUCGCCGUUCGCGACGCUCUCCCGCCCGCGGGUGUCUUCGCCAAGUCGGCCGACAACGGCAACGACGAGGGGCCCGCAGAUGAUGAUAGCAAGGUGGGUGGUGACCCCCCCGUGUCGUCGGCACCCGAGAAGGUUGAGGAGGAGGAGGAGGAGGAGGAGGAAGGGGGGGUUGUGGUGGCGGCAGGUGUCCGUAGGUAUGAUGAUGAUGCCGAGGAGGGGGAUGUCGACGUCGGCGUCGUCGUGGACAGCGUUGCGGUGAGCAAGGAAGGCGGGGCGGUCGGCGGGGGAGGGGAAAGCGCUCCCAGCUUUGAAAAGCAGAAGCUUGACAUGGACAUCACGGACGAACCCCUGGGCCUCUCGCCCACGGUAGCGGCGGCAGUAGCGUCGUCGCCGCCCGUGUUGGCAUCGCCUCACCCCUCGUCCACCCCCAGCGACGGCAGCGGUAGCCGCAGCAGCAGGACCAGCACCAGCACCAGCACCAGCACCAGCAGCGCUGACAGCAGCCUCGUGGAUGAAGACCAAGUGCUGCCGGCGACGAUGGCGUCCAAGCCGACGGCUCCCAUCAGCCCCGGUUACGUGUCCUCCUCUGCCGGGACGCCCUCGGGCGUCAUGCUCGGCGACGGCGCCGCCGGCGGUGGCGACGCCAAUGUCGGCAGCAGCAGCAGCACCACCACCUGCACCACUACCCGGACAACAGCAGCAGGCGUGGACAUCCGGGGAGAGGAAGCAGGAGGAGCCGCUGCUGCGACUGGCGUGGGCGGAGCAGACAGCAGCCCUACCGCCGCCACCGCCGCGGUGGAUGGCCGGGACGGGAGGGAUUCGGCGCGGGCGGCGGCGGGCGGGUUGGGGGUGACGGCGACGGCCCUAACGGCGGCGAUGGCGGACGCGCUGAGCGACACUUCGUCGGGAGUCGGCGGCGCCGGCGCCGGCGGACCGAGCCCGGUUCUUAAACCUUCCGCCGCUCCAACCAACGCAGCCGCUGACGUGGGUGGAGCUUUCUCCUCCGGCGUGAGCAAGGGUGAAGGCACGUCAUCGUCAUCUUCCGAGGCCUCGAAGCGAGGCGAAAUUCUGUCGCCGAUGAUGUUGGGGGAGAGCGGCGGCGGCGGCGGCGGCGGUGGCGGGGAAGACCGAGGCGGCGCGCUGUGGGCGGCGGCAGUGGAGGCGGAGAUCGCGUCUGCGGAGAUGUCGUCAUCGACGACGAUGCCGGCGGCGGCGCCGCGUGAGAGGGUAGCCACGGAGGAGCUCAGGCGUUUCUUGGCUCCUGGGGGCGUCGGAGGACUGGGUGCGGCGGCGGGCGUGGCCCCGUCGUCCCCGUCGGCUGCGGUAGGAGAGGCGUCGGGUGCUGCGGUUGCGGCCGCCGCCGCUGCUGCUGCUGCUGCUGAGGCAGAGACUGAGACUGACACUGAGACUGAGGAGGAGGAGGACGACGACGACGAUGGCGAAGGAGAGUCUUCAGAGGACUUCGGAUUGGAGGACGCAGAGCAGAGCGUCUCCGUAUCGGUCUCGGAAGAACGCCAAGAAGUCGGCGCCACCACUACCGAAGAGGCCACAUCCUUUGCCGCUGCCGCAGACGGGGGUGGCCUGGGAGGCGGCGGCGGCGGCGGGGGCCAGGCCACCGGCGGCGGCGGCGGCGGUGGUGGCAUGCUCUACAGCAGUAGCGGAGAGGAGAGCAUGGGCGCGUCUCGCCGACAAGGAGGCGGGGAGGGAGUGAGGAGUGGUGGCGGCGGUGGCGGGUGGGUCGGUAGAGGAGGCGAGGACGGAGCCGGAGAGCCCUCGGCCAGCGGGUCCUUCGGUGCAGCUGUAGCUUCUGCGCACGGGGACGCCUCCGGUGGCUCGGGGUCUUCGGCGGCGGCGGCGGUGCCCCCGUCGGCGUUGCAACACCAGCAGCAGAUGGCUAGCACGCACCGCCGGGAGGCCGACACGAGUGCCGGAGCGUCGCCCAUCCCCAUGGUGCACCGUCAUCACCCCCUUGUCGCCGGCAGCCCUUCGGGGGAGAAUGCUGGCCUUGCGGCGCAACAGCAGCACGAGCAGCAGCAACCGUCAUCGCCUCCGCUGCCGCCCCCGCCGACGGUAGAAUCGAUGGUAGCGGCGGUGUUGGACCCCACCGCCGGUGGCGAGGCCAGCAGGGACGGCGGGGCGGCGAGGUCGGUAGGCCGGCCGAUCCCAGGCGUCAACGUGGACGAGUCGGCCACGCAAGCCCUCCGCUCGCUGCUCAUGAGGGGCGGGAACAGGGGCGGAGGUCGCAGCGGUGGGGGUGGGGGUGGAAGCGCCUCGGGAGAUGAAAAUCGAGGUUGGUCGAGCGGGCAGAUGGCGGGCGGCGGCGGCGGCGGCGGCGGCGGAUCGUGGACUGAAGGAGCGGGGGGGAUCAUGCAGUCGGUAGCACUCCCAAGGGCCGAUGCCGAGGGAGCGGGGGCAGGCCUAGCGAGGCCGCCAAACCCGGCGACAGACGAUGCGAGAUCAUUCCUGGCGUCCCUGCUGGAGAAUCCCAACCACAACAGCACGCGCGCUCCCUCGUCCCGUUCCACGGCCGGUUCCGUCAUGUCCACGUCGUCCUCAACGUCGGCUGCAUUGGCGGUUGGAGGGAGCCCCGUGGUCACCCUACCCCCCCCGGCGCUCCCCCCCGCCGGCGACGCCGGCGGAGCGGGAGCCUCUAUCUUGCCAACGGCGUCACUGCCGGGCGUUGUGCCCGCUCUGACCGAGAUGAGAUCCGUGCCGUCGACCAGCCUUUCUGUAGGACAUACCCCCAGGAACGCCGUCCUGCCGUCGCCUGCAACCGGCGGCGGUGGCGGCGCUAGCCUGUUCUCCAGCACAUCUAUGGCGGAGGUCACCGCCGGCGCCCCCACCGAGGCCCCCGUCGUGAGCGGGUCGAGGUCGGUGUUGGUGACACCCACGGCGCAGGCGCCGCCCCUGGCGCCGCCAGGCGUGGUGCCGAGACACCAGCAGCAGCAGCAGCAGCAGCAGCAGCAGCAGCAGCAGCCGCGGGCGUCUCGUGGGUUUGAUGCGGUCGACGCCGGUGUUGGACCGGCCGGGGGAGGCGCUGUAGCGGGAGGGAUGGAUACGGAGGAUCUUAUCGAGGCGAUCACCGCCAGAGUCAACGCGGACAUGGAUGCGAGGAUGUCCGGGCUGCAAUCGUCGCUGGAGCAGACCGUGGCUUCCUGCUGCAGGCGCACCAUCUUGGCGUCAACGGCGUCUGCUGAAGACACGAGAGCCAACGAGCGCGCAGCGCUAGUGGGAGACAUCUCUUCGUCUGUGGACCGCAGCGUGAGGAGGGGCAUGGUGGAGACGGUGGCGACCCCCCUCGCGAAGCUGGUGGUCAGCACCGCGCGCCAGGUCGUGGUCGACCCUCUACAGGCGUCUAUGUCCACCAUGCAUGGCCACCAGCAGAGGCAACAACAGGCACUGGCGGCGGCCGCGGCCGCGGGUGCCCAGGCGGGCGUGCAGUCACAGGCGGCUGGGAUGGCGACGGCGACCGCUCGAGCCCAGGCAGGCAACGUCCGGCGGGAGUUGCUAGAGAGCCGGGAAGACCUGUCGAGAGACAUUUCGAGGGCCGUGGCUUCGGCUGUUCAGGAGCCCGUCGGGGUGGCGUUCCGCGAGUGCUUCGAGGGGCAGCUCAUCCCCAGGAUCCAGAGCGCGGUGCAGCGCAUGUUCGAGCAGAUCAAUGACUCCCUCACCCGCGGGCUGCAGGCUUCUCCUCUCGUCAACAACCGGGCGGUCGCACUCGCCGAAGACGUUUCGCACGUCAGGGACCGCGUGGAAGGGCUGGAGAGCGGGAUGCGAGACGUGGCUUCCGCGCUGUCGGGCCUUGGCGUCAAGAUGGAGCGCUUGGCGGAGCUGACCCGGGCUAUACAGCAGACGGGCUUGGCCACCGCAGCCUCCGUCGAGGCGGCGGCCGCGAGCGCGCAGGCGGCGGCAGUGGCAGCGGCGGUUAGCGGCGGCGGGACAACCACAACCCGAUCCAUGAGCGGCCGCAGCUCCGGUAACGUCACCCCCCCGGCUGUCGUGGACCCCAGGGAGGAGCUUCACCGCCUCGUGGGCGCUGGAAGGGUGGACGACGCGAUGAACCGGGCGCUAUCUGCGUCCGACCUGCCCUUGGUGAUGUGGCUCUGCGGACGCCUCGACCCCGUAGCGACCCCCUCCACCCUACCGCAGCACAUCCUGCUCUGCUUGGUGCAGCAGUUUGGCGCAUCGGAUCUGUUGGAAGACACCACGGUCAAGCUGAAGUGGCUGCAGAACUGCGUCCUCGCCAUCGACCCCACGGAGGCCACCAUCCGGGCACACCUGCCCGUUGUCCUCCGGCAGCUCAAGGGAGCCCUCACCACCUCCACCCCUAUCAUCUCCCAGCGCGGGGGAACCGACGUUGCUGUAGUGCGUCUCACCACACAUGUCGUUAACAGCCUGGCGUCCAUGUUGCCGCCCGCGGGGUCAGAAGCCGUUGCCUUGUAAUGAGUGCGUUUGUGUGCAGGGGGUUUCUACGUUGUGUUCUGGAGGAAGGAGGGAACGCGUUUGUGUCUGCCUGGGGGGGCUCUUGUAAAUGAUAGGGGCCGGGGCUCAUUUUGGGGGGCGGGUGUCUUGUGUUGUGUCUUGAGCGCGCUUGCUUGGGGUCGCAGUUUAGGUGCGUGUUUCGCCUUUUUUGUCUGGGGUUUGUCGUGGAAAGGCAUGAGAGUUUGCUGUGCGAUGAAUCUGUCCGUGGUAAGCGUUUGAUCCUGUUAGGUUGUUGGUAGGGCCUGACGCAAGAGGUCGACUGUUUCUUUGAGAACAUUUUUGGUUGUUGUUAUUCCGACGAAGGGUCGUGUGGAUCACGGUGGUUUGGUUUGCGUGUCUGUUGCGGGAGGUAGCUUGGGCAGGGAAAGGAAUUUCUUGCAGGAGUGCAAGUAGAAUGCGCUAACUACAUGGUGCUCUAUUCAAGAGCCCACGCUUUUUUCGCCGUGAGCUGUAGGUGGAUUUGCAUGGUACAACAGGAGAGGAUUAGGGUGGGUUUCUCUUUUAGGGCUAUGUAGCGAAAGGUCUUCCGGUGUCAGACCCCAGUCCUUUUCCUUCUGUUCUUCCUUCGUUGGGUUAAGUUCAGACCAGGCGAGGGUGUGAUGGUGCGAUGGUGCGAUGGUGUCGGUGCACAUAAGAGAGAGAUGAACUUUGCUUUGGAUAUGUGCUUUGACGUGGGCGGCUGCGUUCAACAAUUUCUAGUGAUGCUGCCGUCAACCUGCUCACUUUGUCACCCACGGCGAAAAUCCAGAUUUCGAAUUUCGCCGAAAGGCGACGUCAUGACCGUGGAUGAUGUCAUUGGUCGACCAUGGGAUUUUGGACCACAGGGAUAUCUCGGCCACAAAAGUUUGUCAAUCAGAAAACUGCGGCCACCUUUUCUCUCCCUCUCUUCGCGUGUCCGGUGUGGUUCCUACCUUAAGUGCUGUCGAACGGUGCGUCUUAGAAUGGCUUGAUGAAAGCUGCAUAACACUGCCGCAGUAAGUAUUUUGAGGUUUGUUGGCUAGUUGGUUGCCUACACAACAAGGGAGGGGCGGCAGUGCGUUGGGUCUUGUGUAAUCUGCCGGUAUAGUCAAGUCCACAGCCAGCCUUCGGUGACGAAACCUCCACCUGUGACUGAGCGGCACGUUCGUAGUAUGCUGAUAUGUGGCCUCCUGCGUAUUUGGAUACGCAUAUGACCGUGUGUUUGGACGUGUGCGUGCGCGGUUCCACAUUUUCGGGAGUAGGGCCACCGGCUUUAUCAUGGCGGCUGGACAACAAGCUAUUUUGGACAAUCGCACGUAUCUGGUAGGGGAC